GCGUCCUUUAAACCUCCAGUUAGAAAAGGUUUACAUAUGUGCAUCGAGAUCCCUUGUGCGCAUCCUGACACUUGAUUGCUUUUAAGCUCAGCCAAGCCUUACUGGCCUUACUGCAACAAAACCCAACAAAAAGCCAUGGCCGAACCAAAGAAGAAAGGACUAUGGGGCGGUCUGAUCCGCAAGCUCAGUAAUGCCCAAGGAAGCGGCAAGCUGGAGAAGGAACCGCCGAUGAGACGCCCUAGUGAUGCAGAUGCGCUUACAAGGCGACGAAGGUCUGAGAAGUCAGAUGCUACUAGUUCUCGCAGACGACCUCGUCACCCAGAUCCACAUGAUUCCAAGGGCAAGGACAAGGAGCAGCUGAACGGCCACAUAUACGAGUCGGCACCUUUGUCUGAAUGGCCGCCCCCCGGUCUUUCGGAUGAUGAUGAUCUCACACUUGGAGAUGCGAUGAAACUUAUCUCAAGAGGUGUACCGGCACACCAAGGCCAUAAACGUCCUAUUCCUCAUGCACCAGAUAACUACUUUGGCUUAUACACCACGACAGCAGGUAAUCACGGUGAUGGCAACGAUGCUGCGAACCAGCAUGAUGCGAUGAUCCAACUUACCACCCUUCGUUUACAAGGCUCUGGCCCGCCCAACUAUCCCUGGGAGACUCUUGAGCAGCCAAGCCUCGCUUUUGGAUAUGGGGCUCGGCCUGGUACCAUUACCUUGAACCACUGGGCUAGUCUUUCUAGUGCCUUUCCGCCUCUUAUUGGCCUUCGUGAUCCUGGUGUGCUGCCCAGAGAAGUUGAUCUAGUUCAGAUAUUUGAACGAUUGCAGGAUCUAGAACAAGGCCUGGAAGACGAUAGUGAGGAACUAUUGUAUCGUCUAUAUAAGCGAUUUCUCCGAGACCCAGACAAGAUCUUUAGCCCACAUAAGACCAUGGAGAGACAAAUCACCGACUUGGUCAUGUGCCUAUCAGGUCAAGAUUGGAUUGACUUUUCAAAUCCCAAACACCAGGUCGUCACGAAGUUCAUCUACGAUACAACCCCUGCAAACCAGCAACAGUAUCAUAAGUUCUUCUACCAACUGCUCUUGAGCCUUGAGUUGGAACUACGAAUCAAUUCGAGACUUCACACAGACUGGGCCAAGGAGAGACUCAUGGCACAGAUCCCACCUAAGAUUCAGUGGAAUAUGGCCCUUGCUAAGAGAUGGAGGGAUUUCGUGCGCGUUGAGAGCUAUGGCGAGAAUGCCGAUCAAGUGAAACUACGAUAUAAGCUGAAAAAGAGACAAGUCAAGAUGUUAAAGAGAUUCGCACAAAUGAUGAAAUGGCCAAACCUUUCCGAGACUUUGGAGGAGUUGAAGGAGAGGGAUGCAGAAGGGGCCCUAAUGCCUGUCAGUUCACAUGCCAUGGCAUUCUUUAGCGGCCUUGUUCUCCCAGGGCCAACGUUUCCUUUCCUCAUCAUGAACUCGUUGAUCGAUAUCGAUCCCGAUAAAGCAACAGAUAACCUUGCAUUACUCACGCACCUUAAUCCCCACUGCGGCUUUCAAUAUCGGAACAGCUAUACGUACUGGACGUCGACUUGUAUCGUCGGUAAAGUGCUUGCGCCGACUUGCCUCGAGGUGGCUGGAUGGGUAGGACCAGCUAGACCAACAGUCGAUCUUGGACGCUCCCAGAUCGCCCGAAUCCGCUCGAAAAAGCCGCGACAGCAAAUAUUAAAACCAGAGGACAUCACUACCAUGAGAGAAAGGUCUGACCCCUUAGGCCCGCCCUCCACAACCUAUCCUGUGAUAGAUUACGACUUGAACAUGCCAGACACGGAUGACAUCGUCGAUACGGUGCGAAUCGAACAGGUCAAUCUCAAGGGGCUUGCUGAGAAGCAAGACUCUGGCCCCAAAUGGUUUGAUGCUUCGAUACAAUUUGCCAUUGAUGGUGUGUCCUGGCCACUUAAUCUUACAUUCGAUGUGUCUUUUAUAAAUGCAUGGCCAUGCUCCGAUGGACCGCAUAUUCUGUUUUUCGACUAUGUCUAUACCUCCCGCAAGGUUGACGAGGUAGUAAAUAUUCUGGAUUGGGGCAGGCCUAGUAGUAGGGAGAAGAACCCGCCUUCAGUACCAGUCGGAAGUAGCAAACAGCAGGCACCCAUCGACGAAGAGGGAGUGAUGGUAAUCGAGGCGUUUGGGAACAAAGAUAAUGAAGUCUUGGCACGAGCAUGGUGCUCCCACUGGGGCCUUAGUGCGAUCGUGGCCGAUAUUGGCCAGACCUGCAUGGCGUGCGCCAUCCGCGAAGCUUACGCGGCAGCCUUGACGGUGGUAAUACUUGUUGAGGAUCAGCCAGAGGAUGCAGAAUAACGAUGUGACGACCAAGAGUUUCACGAAUAAUGCUUGCAGGAUUACUGAGAUGAAUUAUGAGACGGGAGGAGAGGAGGGGUGCAUGCACGCACUAAUUUCACAGCUGCAAUGACACAGUCAGUGACUUCCACGAUGGUUACAUGACUGUCUAGGCGAUUUGGGCGUCAGGCAAAUGAUUUGGGUUAGCAGAAAGCUGAGUUUAUAGCAAGGAAAAGGGAGUUGCUCGCGUUAAUAUAUACCCAGUCAAUGUGUUUUCUUUUCUUUUCUUUGCUGCUUUGCUGCUUUGCUGUUCAUCGGAUUUAUUCAGAUUCAUUCAGUCUCAUUGCUACCUACUAGAUAUCUACCUACCUA